UUUCUUCAUUUGUGUGAUUUAGUGCGUGUUCUAGUGAGCUCCUUUCUCUCAUCAACACUAGAUGCUUUGAUUAUUAUUUUUUGGUUGGAUAAUAUUUUUGUUUUGCAUUUUUUAGUUUUUCGUUCAAUUUCCAAUUGCAAAUUUCCAAACCGUUCGUCGACCCAAAUUCGAUGUUUCAAAUGGUGUGAUAAUCCAAUUUAUAACAAAUCCAUUGGUUUUCGAAUCGCCCUAAACGAAUCAUCGAUUUCGACAGCGAACAGCGGUGGUUUAUUUGUGAAACGACACACACAAUUCGAAGACUCAGCAACUGGAAACCAUUUUUUUCGAGCAAGAGUGAGAAAGUGUGUGACACGAAGAACGAAAACGAACGACGGAAACUAAAUAAACAAAGAAUAGAGAUGGCUGUGCUUCCACCGGACCCGGUAUUCUGUAUGCGUGCAAAUGAUAUGGGUGCUGUAAAUUGUAUAUGUUUCCACAGUACGGAACGAUUGUUCAGCGGAACAGCCAAAGGUGCUGUUUAUCUAUGGGAUAUGCAGACAUGUCGAUCGCCGUUACAUUUUUCCAUUGGCAGCGAACCGGUCACAUCGAUUUAUCAUGGCGAAGAAACACUGGUGACACAACAAAAAGGCGGCAUACUUAAACGAUGGCACAUCGCAAACGCUGGUUAUGUGCUUGACUCAACCAACGACACCAACCAUAUCGGUUUUUGUCGUUUCGCUACCGAUGACGAUGAUCGCAUUUAUUAUCCCAGCAAUGACAACGAAAUUUGUAUCGGCAAAUUGAAUAUUGAUGAUGAUGAUCAAACGAUGACACUCAAUCCAAAAGGCAUUUUAGACGAGAGAAAGGAGCCACCAGGUGUUAAUGCACAACAGCUUGGCAGUUUAAUGUGCAUGAAACCCGUCACAAUUUCAAAUCAAUUGUACCUGUUGGCUGGCUAUGAAUCGGGCAUUUUUCUUACAUGGGAUCUCCGCACCGCUAGCAUUAUCAAUGUGACCACACUCGAAGAGUGUCCAAUUGCAUUUGACUUUUGUUCAGAGGCAAACCGGGGCAUUUAUGGUAAUACCACCGAUAAGCUUGGCAUCUUUGGAUAUCAACGCAAUAACGAUGUUAAACUGAUUAAUCGCGGUGAUAUUAGUAUCAAAAAUGCGGGCAUCAAUUGUGUACGCAUACGCAAAGAUCAAAAGGUCUUUAGUACGGGUGGCAAUGAUGGACGUGUACGUGUAUUCUCAUGGAAAAGCUUGCGACCACUUACCGUUUUGACUGAGCAUCGAGCCGCUGUCAAUGAUAUCGCCUAUUCACCGGGCAAAGUUGACCUCUGGAAAUCACCGAUUAUGGCAUGCGCCAGCACCGACGGUGUCAUUUCACUGUGGAAUCUAUACAAUAAUUGAGGACGCUAUCGAAAUGAUUGGAAUCUAAUGGAAAUACGGGCGGAAUCGGUCGGUUUUAUGAGGAAAAAACACACACACGGUGGCUAAAACGAAUACACAAUUUUCAUCCUAGUCCAAUUGAUAACAGCACCAACAAGCGGAUGCAAUACAACAACAACAAAAAUUUAUUUGAAAAAGAAAAAAACAAAAAGAUUGAAAAGAAGAACUCUUUAAUAAUAAUUGAAACGAUCUGUUGCAAUGGUGACACGUACACUUUUUCUGUAUUUUGUUUUUUUUUAUAAACACAAAAUAUGAAACAAGUCAUUCAAUUAUAGUGACUGAGAAGAAGAAAAAAACACUUAAAAACAAAGCAAAAAAACAUGUUAAAACGUUACAAAUACAAUUGAAAUGAUUUAUUGAGAAA